AUGGAAACCCAAUACCGCUUUUCAACAAGCACCAAGUCAUUACACAUCAUAAAUAGAAAAUGUCUGGAGUACAAUUAUGCAAAACGGAUUCAAGAAAUAAGUUCUUUAUACCAGUUGCCAAAGUUCGAUUGCUUACGAUUGUUUCAAAAUAACACAGCAUAUUUAGAAGAAGCUAUAUUGCGGAGAAACAACAUCACUUCAGAUAUUUCCGAUGAUUAUUAUUUAAACGUGACAACGGAUUGUCACGAUUUUCAGCUGUCACGUGGUUACAUCAUGUCGUCCUUGACCCAAGAGGAAGAAGAGUUCCCCAUCGCUUACACCAUCAUGGCGUACAAAGACUCGGAGAUGGUUGAGAGGCUACUGCGGGCUAUCUACAGGCCACAGAACUAUUACUGUAUUCACGUGGACUUGAAAUCUUCAGAGAGUUUUUAUUCAGCUAUUUCAGCCAUAUCGCAAUGUUUCCCAAACGUUUUCCUCGCGUCCAAAAGAAUCGAAGUAAUUUGGGGCUUGUUCUCUGUUCUAGAGCCCGAGCUAAUCUGUAUGAAAGAACUCUCUCGCUACAAAAAAUGGAAAUAUUUUAUCAAUCUCACGGGGCAGAUGUUUCCUUUGAAAACAAAUUAUCAGAUUGUUAAAAUACUGAAAGCAUUCAGAGGGGCCAACAGUAUUAAUGGAACUAUAAAAUAUGCCUACCCUACACGGUGGAAGGGCAAAACUCCCCCGAGGGGAAUCCGUUUAUUGAAAGGAUCAGUUCAUAUAGCAGCCAACAGAGAUUUUGUAAACUAUGUACUUCACAACGAGACUGCAAAGGAAUUUCUUGAAUGGAACAAAGACACUUUCGUUCCUGACGAAACAUUUUUUUCUUCACUCAACUAUAACCCACAGCUGGGGAUAAAGGGAACUUACAAAGGUGACCCUGACGAUGUACAUGAGUACGUAGCCAGGUACACGAUCUGGGGUUCGACGUUCAAACUGUGCGCUGGAAAAUUUGUCAGAGGGGUCUGCAUUCUAAGUUCAGGGGAUCUACCCAGGCUCGGCCAAGCCAAAGAAUUAUUCGCCAACAAAUUUUACCUACACGAAGACAGGCUAGCGAUUGGUUGUCUGGAGGAGAAGAUCUUCAACGACACGCGCGAUGUGUACAUGGGGGUCAAGGUCGUCAACACCAGCUUUUAUGAACGUUUGAAUUUUGUACAAGAUCAGGUGGAAUAA